AUGGCUCGUGAGCGCCGGAGUGGCAGCAAGUCGCCGGGGCGCCCCCGCGCUCGGUCGCGCUCCAGGUCGCGCUCAAAGGACCGCUCGUCCAGGGAGCGAGGGCGCCAUCGCUCGCGCUCGCCUCGGGACUGCAGCCACCGACGAAAGCACGAGCGUCGUGUGUCGUCGUCGUCGUCGGACUCAUCGUCGUCCCGGAGCAGAAGCAGGAGCAGAUCCUCCUCUUCGGACUCGAGCGUCAGCGGCAGGAAGGAGCGGAAAAGAUCGCACCACUCGAAGAAGAAGAGGAAGCACCGCAGCGCUGACGAUAAGAAACGCAAGCACAAGUCGUCCGAGUCCAAGAAGAAGAAAAAGAAGAAGGACCACAAGAAGCGGCACAAGAAGAGCCGCAGUAGGCGCGACCACGACGACGACUCGUCUUCAUCUUCGUCGUCAUCUGACUCGGACACCGUCCGCAGCGCUAUCUCAGGCAAGAAGAUCAAACGGAAGUUGGACCGUUCGGCUGCAGACUUGCAGAGCCAGAAGAGUCGCCAACAACUGCUGCAGUUCUACAAUGGCAUGUUCGACUGA